GCCCCCAUUCAUUCCGAGAUCGCUCAUGUGCAGUCCGUUUUCUGAGGGGGAGGAAGGGUGCAGUGGGAAUCCGGGAGCUGCCGUUUAAUAUGCGGGGCAGCGGGGGACUCAAGCAAAAUACGGGAGCCUCCCGCAAAUUGCGUGAGGAGGAAACCUCUCUUGGUCCAUCUUCUUGCUAAAGUCGGCAGCAUUGAUACUGCUGAUGAAGUGUUUGAGGAUGAUGAGGAAGGAUAAGGAUGAUUCACAGCCCGCACCAAUCUGCCCAGCCCAAUCUACAUAUGUUAAAAAGAUGUGCCAAAGAGGAGGCAGACCUUCAUCACUGUCUUUGGGAGUGUCCGUUGGUUCAAGGCUUCUGAAGGAGGCUGGCAUGGCUGGGACUGAAUGCCUUUCUUUUCUGGAAUUACUACCUUGUCUAUGAUGAAGGCAGAAGAUAUAUCUACUCCAGACAGAUUUACGGGUCAGCCCUAGCUUGGGCCAGAGCUCCGGCAGCCUGUCUGAACUUUAACUGCAUGCUCAUCCUUCUGCCCGUAUGUCGAAAUCUACUUUCCUUUCUACGUGGAUCUAGUGCGUGUUGUGGGAGAAGCAUCAGAAGACAGCUGGAUAGGAACCUCACUUUUCACAAAAUGGUGGCAUGGAUGAUCGCUUUACAUACAGCUAUUCACACUGUGGCACAUUUGUUUAAUGUGGAAAGAUUGGUGGAUGCCCGAGUGGAGGAAAAUGGUACAAUUAAAGGUAUUCUCACUGACAUUGGGAACAAAGAAAAUGAGCAAUAUCUCAACUUUGUUCGAUCAAGAGUACCAAAUCCAAUAGGAGGAAUAAACGUGGCAUUCACUUUUCUUGCUGGGCUCACUGGUGUAGUGAUAACACUGGCAUUAAUCCUAAUAAUCACUUCAUCUAUGAAAACCAUUCGUAGAUCAUACUUUGAAGUUUUUUGGUACACACAUCAUCUUUUUGUCAUCUUCUUUAUUGGCCUUGUCAUCCAUGGAGCAGGGCGCAUAGUACGAGGACAGACUGAAAAAAGUCUAGAAGACCAUAUCCCCGAAAACUGUAUACAUAACAUUACUGAAUGGGGUCCACCUCCAUGUCCAAUUCCAGUGUUUGCAGGAAAUCCACCAAUGACAUGGAAGUGGGUGGUAGCCCCUAUGGCCCUAUAUCUCAUUGAGAGGCUGAUCCGGUUUUGGAGAUCACAACAAAAAGUUGUUAUCACAAAGGUUGUUACACAUCCGUUUAAAACAAUAGAGCUGCAAAUGAAAAUGAAGGGUUUUAAAAUGGAAGUUGGACAGUAUAUAUUUGUCCAGUGCCCUGCAGUAUCCAGCUUAGAGUGGCAUCCAUUCACCUUGACUUCUGCCCCAGAGGAGGAUUUUUUCAGCAUUCACAUUCGAAUAGUUGGAGACUGGACAGAGGGUUUGUUCAAGGCUUGUGGAUGUGACAAGACUGAAUUUCAGGAAGCAUGGAAACUACCAAAGCUUUCAGUGGACGGUCCUUUUGGAACAGCCAGUGAAGAUGUGUUCAGUUAUGAAGUAGCAGUGCUUGUUGGAGCAGGCAUUGGGGUCACCCCAUUCGCUUCUGUGCUGAAAUCUGUCUGGUAUAAAUAUUGUAGUAAUGCAUCAACUCUAAGCCUAAAAAAGAUCUAUUUCUACUGGUUAUGCCGAGACACACAGGCAUUUGAAUGGUUUGCAGAUUUGCUACAGUCUCUGGAGACUCAGAUGCAACAGCGCAAUAAUGCGGAUUUCCUCAGCUACAACAUCUAUCUCACCGGAUGGGAUGAAACCCAGGCCACUGCAUUUUCCUUACAUCAUGACCAAGAGAAAGAUGUAAUCACUGGCCUGAAGCAGAAGACCUUGUAUGGAAGACCUAACUGGGAAAAUGAGUUUAAAGCCAUUAAAAGUGCACAUUCAAGCUCUAGAGUGGGUGUUUUCCUGUGUGGCCCAGAAAGCCUUGCUGAGACACUCAGUAACCUCUGCAUUGGUAACUCCAGCGGCGAUCCCAGAGGAGUACACUUCAUCUUCAACAAAGAAAACUUCUAGUUUAGUUUUGCAUCUAAAUGUGUAUUUCUACUAUAAAUGACAACUGUAUUAUAAGGUAGGGUUAAAUGCUACUAUAUACAUUUGCAAAUAUAAACUCUACACUCAGUGUAUGUUGUAUCAUCAAUGGACCAUAAAAGAUUACAAUUUGAAUAAUUGAAUGUUUACCAUGUUCCUAGGUUAUACAAUUUCUGCAUAAUAUUCACUGGUGCUUUGCAUAAUUUACACGUAUGAAUUACAUUUUGUCAUCAGAUUGUUUAUUCAUUUUGUGACAGUUGUCUACAAGACAGUUUUCAUACAGAACGAAAUACAGCUUAGAAAACAAUAGAAUACAAAAGAUAAUAAAUGUGUUUUUUAUGUAAUAAAUUUGGUUUACACAAAAUCCAAAAUGGAAAAAUCUCUUUAAACCGAAUAAGUAUAUCAUCCCUGGAGUAUCAUUAACUGAGUGCAGGUCUAACGGGAUUUUAAGUACAAAGAGUAUCUCACCUCCAAAAAUUUGAUUAUAAUAUAUAGCAUAUGCGCUUAUGAAAUAUAAGUAUAAUAUUAAUAUUAUGUUACAUUAUUGUUUGCUUUUUUUGUAUAUUUUUCUGCUUGGUGCUUUGUUUACUUGCAGAACCAGAUCAAUAAGUUCUAAUAGGUUAUUGCAACAUUAGUCUCUGCGAAUGUAAAUUGACAGAGUGGCUUCUUUAUAUUCUGCACUGGUAACUGAGAUGUACAGUAUAUGUUAUGCAAUGAAGAUACAGAGAUGUUGUAAAAAACAGAAUUACUCUUUUGCAACAAAAAUUAUAUGAAACCACUGUGCUACUUAUAUGGAAAAUGUGAAUGUUAUAGAAAUAAACAGCAAAUCAAAAUGA